GAGUCAGAGUCAGAGUCAUCCUUUGUCUGCUGGCGCCUCGGCCAUACCGUACAUUGAUGAUUGACAAGGAUCAAAGCGCUGAACAGGUCAGUUGGCGCUAUGCAGGCGCCAUUCUCAACUCCGUGAAUUCCUAAUACUCAAUGUCUUGAUGAAAUAGUGAGAUUAAAACUCCGCUGCCAGCCGUCCUCCAGGCGGGGUUCUUGGGCCGUCCUGAGGUGGACCAGCAUGACGCAGCAUGAAGCAGACCAAAGUCCGCCAAACGACCCAGUGCAUCGUGCACAGCAGGAUCCUAGCAAUGCUGCAAGCGUCACAAUUGGCGGUCCGCUGGGCGCUGCUGCCCCCCCCCCAACUUUGCGCCCGCUCUACUUGAUGUGCAUCUUCCUGUUCAUCUGCUGGCUCAAGCCGUCGGAGCCGUUCCUAGUCGACUUUUACGUGGAUAUUAAAGGCCUCACAAACAAACAGGUUGUUGACCGCGUGUUCCCCCUGUGGCAGUACAGCCACCUGCCCGCGCUCCUCCUGGUGGCCGUGGCCAGCGAGGCGGUCGGCUGCAAGGCGGUGGUGGUAGCCGGCGCGGUGUGCGGGGCUGCCACUGUGGCGCUCACGCUGUUCCCCACGCGCCUCGCGGUACUGCAGAUGGCAGAGCUGACGGUGGCCCUCUCGAUGGCAAGCCACUCCGCGGCAUGGGCGCUCGUGUAUGGCUCAUUGCCCACUGGCCGCUACCAGAUUGCGGCCCACUUCUCCAGGGCGGCUGCGCUGGCAGGCAGCUGCUUGGCCGCGGUGCUCGGCCAGCUGAUGCGGCCCCGCUUCCCGCUGAAAACUCUGUUUGGCGCCUCCCUGGCGGGCCAGGCCGUCGCCUUCCUCGUUGCCUGCUGCCUGCCCGCCACCAGGAAGACGCCGCCCGCCCACGUGUCGGUGGAGGCCCAGAGCCCGGCAGACUCGGGGACUCCUCGCGGAGGCAAGGAGGGGGCGGCACCACCGGGCCUCGUCUCGAGUGCGGUGGCGGCAGUGGGUGCCUCGGCGGGUGCGCUGGGCGGGGCGGUGCAGGACGUGGGCAUUGCGGUACGCGUGGAGGGCGUGCUCCCCUGGACGCUGUGGGCCGUUGCGGCGGGGGCGGUGCACCGCGCCACGCUCACCUACUGGCAGUCUCUGGUCCGUGUCAAGGGCGGCCCUUCUUCACGCGACUACAACGGCUACUUCUCCGCUGUUUCCUACCUGGCCGCCGCGGCCAUUGCGUUUGCCACCUUCCGGGCCCCCUUGCGCCGGUUUCACUGGGCGGUGCUCCUGGGCAGCCCCGCGCUGUGCGGCGCCCUGCUGCUGGCCGCCGCACGCCCUGCCCCGCUGCUGUCCACCUACGCACUGCUGCUCGCGUACCAGUGCGUGCACGAGGUGUCGGCCAUCGUGUGCUCCACCGUGGUCGCCACCGCCAUCGCCACUGCGGAUGCCACCGCCACCAGCCGCGCCCUGCACCGCCUCUCCACCACGGCGUCGCGCGUCGCGCUGCUGCGCUCGACGGCGGACCAGCGCCUGGCCGUGCUGUUUGCUGGCACCGCCGCGGCCUCUGUGGCGGCGGAGGCGGGCAUGCAGGCGGCGCUGCAGCACGGCCUGCGCCUCACCCUGCCGCAGCGCUUUGCCACCAUGGGCGCUGCCCUCCUCGUGCUCGCGCUGGGCCUGGCGGGCGCGGGGGUGUACGCGACCGGCCUGGCGCCGCUGCGGCGGCUGCUGCUGCCCGCGGGAGCAGGGAGCAAGGCGGGGCUGGAGACGGGGCCAGUGGGGAGGCUUGGCGCCGCCCGGGGCCAGCCGACGUCGCCGUUCAGCAGACAGGAGAGCGCCCAGGAGCGCGUGCCCCUGCUGGGGACCUCGUAGCGUGGUCAACCGGAAGAAAGACUCCUUCAGGUGGCAGCGGCUGUCUGAGGAAGUUGCUCCGGCGAUGGGACACCCCAGAACGGUAGAUUCUUAGCCUGGCCGUAGAAGGACACAGUCGGAGGCCGUCAGCAGAGUCGAGAAGUUGUUUGACAAUUGCUUGGAAAUGAGAGUCACUUUAGAAUAGGCUUGACUACCCCUGUCGCUUCAGAUAGCAAACCAGACCAUUUUUGAACUUUUGCUACUUAUGGGUUGCGACAGUCCAUUGACCCACGUGAGCGUCAGAGCAGCUGGCAAUAUUGGAGGUACAUGAUGAAGCUUGUAGGCCUAGAAAGGAAAGGCGACUGCAGGUCAGGUUGAGAAGCCCUGGGCUUCCAAACAAGGUGAAAGUAGAACACCUGUAGUCGCAAAUGCCGCUUCUCAACGGAACAAGCCUAGAGGUUGAGCAGGUUUGGCCGAGGAAAGGUACAGUACGAAGGCAAGCGGUUGCGCCCGGCCGUCACUAGCAGCUGGCUGUGACGGCUGCACUGCAGCUGGUACCGUAAGUGGCUUGCACAGUACAAUGAGGCUCUAGUUCUUAGAUACAAAGUGCUGUUAUGCAUCGUCUUCAGUACAGUAACUUGGCUGAACGAAGUAAACCCAUUGUGAGCUUUGCCACUUGGCCAUCGCAUUCGAGAUCCUG